GCGCGGGCGGGCCGAGCGGGGCCGUGCGGUGUCGGGGAGGAGCGCGGCAGCGCUCGUAGGAGCACCCAGAGCUCGGCUGUCGGGAUGCGGCCGCAGAGGGGAGGGGAGCGGGAGCGGCGGCACCUUCCCCCCGGAGAAGAGCCAAGUUAAAUAGCCAGCGCCACGCCGCCGCCUUCCUCUACCCUCCUGGCUCCGAGCCUCCGGCGAGCCCCCACGUCCCAUCCCGCCCCGCCCGGGCGGCGGAGCCCAGCGCGGAGCCCAGCGCGGAGCCAGCCUGCCCCGCGGAGCCCCGCGGAGCCCCGCGGAGCCGGGACGUCGGCGCUGCCGGGAGGGGCGGGCGCUUGGGAGUCGGUGCCGGGGGCACCGCGUCCCGCCAAGCCGCCCGUCUGAGAGGACCACGCCAGCUGCAUGGGAGGAGAUGAGCGUGGCGGGGAAGCAGCCUCCUCCAGCACCGCUCGAGCGGCCCGGCAGCCUCCUCGUCCCCACCUGGACUAAAACUGGUAUUGCAUUGUUGUAUGAUGAAGUAUCUGAAAAUGCUUAUGACAUCCGACUGAAGCUUACAAAAGAGGUAUUAACAAUUCAAAAACAAGAUGUCGUCUGUGUUAGUGGAAGUGAUCACAGUGCAAAUCACAGAACUGUUACACUUCGUAGACAACCAGUUGGUGGCUUGGGCUUAAGCAUAAAGGGUGGUGCUGAGCACAAAGUGCCUGUCGUCAUAUCAAAAAUAUUUAAAGACCAAGCAGCUGAACAAACAGGAAUGUUAUUUAUAGGAGAUGCAAUAAUACAGGUUAAUGGUAUAAAUGUAGAAAGUGCUACCCAUGAAGAAGUGGUACACCUACUGCGAAAUGCUGGCGAUGAAGUUACCAUCACCGUUCAGUACCUCAGGGAAGCUCCAUCAUUUUUAAAGCUCCCAUUAGGUUCCCCUGGACCAUCCAGUGAUCAUAGCAGUGGAGCUUCAUCACCUCUCUUUGACAGUGGCUUACAUUUAAAUGGAAACUCAACUAACACGGCCCCAUCAUCACCUUCUUCACCCAUAGCUAAUGAACCAAAAUAUGAGAAGCGCUGGCUAGACACCUUAUCAGUUCCUUUGUCGAUGGCUCGAAUCUCGAGGUACAAAACUGGAACAGAUAAAUUAAGAUCUAAUGCAUUUGAAGUGCUGGCACUCGAUGGAGUUGGUACUGGGAUACUUCAGUUUUAUACAGCCCAGGAGAGUGCUGACUGGCUGAGAGCAAUGUCAACUAACAUCAGUGAUUUGACACUUCAAAAUAUGAAAAUGGCAAAUAAAUGCUGUUCUCCCUCAGACCAGGUCAUACAUAUGGGAUGGGUAAAUGAGAGACUUGAAGGAACUGAUUCAUCUCAGCUCUACAAAUUCAAGUUUCUGGCACUGAAGGGUUCGUCCUUCUAUAUUUUCAGCACUCCACCGGUAAGCACACUAGACUGGGUACGAGCUGAAAAAAUCUAUAACCUCUGUGAGGUUCUAUUUAAAAUUCACAAGCUCUGGCUUGCUGAUGAUUGCUGGCUACAAGCAAACAUGUAUUUAGGUAUUCAUCAGGACUUUGAUCUUGAAGACCAGAGGCUGUAUUGUUUCAGUGUUAUGGCUGGACAUGGCAAGAGUCAUUAUUUCAAUGUAGAACUGGGCAGUGAAUUGGCAGUGUGGGAGAAAUCAUUUCAAAGAGCAAUUUUCUUGGAAGUUCAAAGAACCGGGUCUAAAACAUAUAUGUGUAGUUGGCAAGGGGAUACUCUGUGUUUCACAGUCGACUUUGCUCUAGGAUUUACCUGUUUUGACAGUAAAACAAAGAAUGUGCUGUGGAGGUUUAAAUUCUCUCAACUCAAAGGCUCUUCAGAUGAUGGAAAAACAAAAGUAAAGCUGCUUUUUCAGAAUCUAGACACCAAACAAAUUGAGACAAAGGAACUUGAAUUUCAGGAUCUGACGGCAGUUUUACACUGUAUUCACUCCUUUAUAGCAGCAAAGGUGGCAUCUGUGGAUCCAUUAUUCAUAGACAGUCAGAGUAUUGCAAGAAAAUAUAUGUACAGUAACUGAUACUAGAUUAUAUGUUGUGACUAUGGAAAAUAAAUUAUUUUCUUAAAAAAAGUAGUUAUUUCAUUCACAAUAUUGCAACUUUGUGAUUUUAUAAGAAGCUUUUAGCUGUGUUAUCUGUAAUGUUAAGAGUUUUCACAAUCUGAUAAAUAUUUUGAAUCCAUGAGUUAACAAAUACUAAGUCAAACUGAAUCAGUUUGUCAUCUUCUGCAUCAAUCUAAAAUUCUAAAUGAAUAUUCAUUCAGUAAUAGUUCUAGUGCCAUUUUGAUUUCUGCUCUCAUGGUCAUUCAUACUCCCCCUUAUUAGAUAGAAAUGUGGAGUAAUACUUGAAAAGUGUGUGUCCAAAAUUUGGCCUCUAAGUCUCUUUUGAAAAGUACUGGGCACACAGGCAAUUUCUACAGUCUUCACUGUAGUAAAGAAGUAAUUAUUGAAGACAACUGCAGUAGGAAUUGAACUUUUAUCUUGCUUCUAUAUGUUUGAAAAAUUAUAGUUCCACAGUUGGGUUCUUUCAAGGCCUGAGAGUUUAGCUCUGGCAAAACACUAAAUACUCUAUUUCAGAUCUAGGAAAAUAUUUAAGCACAUGCUUGGCUCUAAACACAUUAAGUAGCCUCCGUGUAUGCAGAAGGUAAUGUUAAGGGUGUAUUUAAGUAUCAUGGUAGAUCAACUGUGAAGAGAUUUGGACUCAGCUAAGAAGCCUGCCUAUAGGCACUCAGUUUUAGAAAACUUGCCAUAGGGUUUUCUUAUCUAUGAAUAAAGUUUCCAUGACCCAUUCAUUUAUUCGUUCACAGAUUGCCUUGAUGCUACCCUUUGAUGUGAUGCUCUGUAUGCUUGAGAACAGCUUCUUUAAUAAACUGUUUUGUUUGGAGGAUGAUGCUUCCAGUAUAGGAUGAACAUAACAAAACAUAAAGAUGUUUCUGGGCCACCCACCUUUUCUUUCCUACAGCUCUAACCUUGACUUAUAUGUGAGCAAAAUGGAUUUUCUCCUUGCUAAGGAAAUAAUAUGGUUUUACUUUCAACAUAUUCCUAACCUUCUUUCUGAAAUCAUCUUCUUAUAUGCACAGAUAAUUCUUCCUGCUAUCAAAAAAUUAUAUGAAAGGAAGACAUUUUAAUCUUAGGGCAUAUUCUCUGUAAAAAAUACCAAAUAUUGCAGGUUUCUGUGAUAGAAGUCUCAGUUGUUCUCACAUGCAGAUUUGAAACAGCAUCAGGCAAUUACACUUUUUUUCAAAAAAUAAAACAAACAAGUAGAAUAUCCUAGCUAGAUGCAAUGGAUAAGGAGUGAAUUCAUCAAAGUCCUCCCUAAAUUUUAGGCGUCUCGUAAAGCAUCCUGCUAAAGUAAAAGCCUAAAGUAUCCUAAGGAAAAGAAGUAUGUGCCUUUAAAAGCUCCCAGGUGAGGAGUGUUAUUACAUAAAUUCAGUGCUUAAGUUUAGUCACUUAAAUUCUUCCCUUGAGGUCUUAAGCUGUCUUGGCAGACUGCAGUAGGGCCUUAGGCACGUAGUUCAAAUGGGUGCUUAUCUGUCCACCUAAAGCUUAGGCACAAAUAAAGUGCCUAAUGCAGGUGAUUUGAUCGUACCAGGAAGAUUACUCGUUUCUUACCAGGAAGAUUACUCGUUUCUAAGUGUUAUCUGUAGAGAAAUUAAUUUGAACAGUAGGCACUGUGUUGUUUAGGGUUCUGAUGUUGUUUGCAAGGAGGCAUAGUGGGAGUUCUAACUCCUGUUUAAACAAUUUUUAACAGAGGUGAUAAAUAUUUUUAUUAAUUUAAAAUAAAUAUAGUC